AUGUCAUAGGAAGAUUUAUAAGCUUAUACUAAUUUACUCAGUAGAGACUAUCAAAAUGAUAUUCCUAGCAGCUCUUUUUAUAAUGGUUAAUAGAUUUUUGUUUAAGAUCAUCAGAUUUUCAAAGACAAACCAAGAAAUUGUUUUAAGGAAGCCUUUUUAGCUGAAGAUGAACUUUCAUUGUUGUUAACAGAAAAUCAGAUUACUAAACUAGUAUUUUACAUAGUAGUUUGGUUUUUCAUUUUACUUAGCAUUUCAGGAUACAUAUUAUCAUUUAGUAUAAAAGAUUAAUUAUAUGACAAUAUUUCAGUUAAAAUAAUGAGCUAUCUAGAAAUAGCAAUUGCUAUCAUACUUCUCGCUUUUUAUUAUAUGGUUUAGCAAAUAGAUAGUUAUAGUCGGUCUUCAAUUGUUGAAAAAUUAUACAAGUUAAGAAGAAUAAUUCUCAUAUUAUUUAUAAUAACAUAUUUAUCACAACUUUCACUUUCUAUAUACUCAUUAAUACAAACGUUACCUGAAUGGAUAGGACAUGGUAUUAACAUCAAUUUAUCUGCGAUAAUUUACAUUAUAGUUUCUGUUUCAAUAAUAUCUAAAAUAUUUUACUUUUGCUUCUAUUUAGUUCUUGAACUAACUUUCAAGUCAGAAUAUUGA